GCUGGCGGGCCGGGCGCGGCCAUUGUUGCUCCGUCCUUCCUCCUACCGGGGCCGUCCUUCUCCGUCGCGCCCGCCGAACCGCUGGAGAGGCUCGGUGGGCGCCCUGCUGGGGAUGGAGGGGGAGAGCACGACGGCGCUGCUGCCGGGCUUCCUCUUCGGUGCCCUCGCUUUCCACCAUCUCAGCACCGACUCGGAUACUGAAGGCUUUCUUCUUGGAGAUGUGAAAGGUGAAGCCAGGAACAGCAUUACUGACUCUCAGAUGGAUGAUGUUGAAGUUGUGUAUACAAUUGAUAUACAAAAGCACAUUCCAUGUUAUCAACCCUUCAGCUUUUACAAUGCAGCUGGAGAACUGAAUAAACCAAUGUUGAAGAAAAUAUUGUCAGGGUGCAAAAAGAAUGUGGUAGGUUGGUAUAAACUCAGGCGCAAUACUGACCAGGCAAUGACCUUUAGAGAACAGCUUCUUCACCAGCACCUUCAGUCACACUUGUCAAAUCAGGGGCUUGUGUUUCUGUUACUCACUUCCAAUGUAAUCUCUUCAAGUUCAUCCACGUACAAACUUGAAUACGCAUUGCAUAAGCCACAAGAGGGGCUUUUUCAGAAAGUGCCAAUAGUUGUAGCCAAUCUUGGAAUGGCAGAACAGCAAGGUUAUCGAACGGUGUCUGGCUCUUGUAUUUCUUCUGGCCUUUGCAAAGCGAUUGCAGUACACAGGUCAGAAUUCUUCAACGAAGAUGAUUCUCUAAAAGAGGUUCAUAAGAUUAAUGAAAUGUAUGCUACUUUGCAGACAGAACUAAAGAGUCUGUGCAGUAAAGUAGUUGAUAGUGAAAAAUCAGUAGAGAAUCUGUUAUCACAAGUAGAUCAGCUGAGACAAGAAGUAAGAAGCAAAAAAGAAGAGAAGAAAACUGCAGGAAAGAACAGAAAUUGCUCAGAUGAGCCAAAAGAGAAUAUUUUUCUUUGUCAAGCUCUGCAGCACUUUUUCCCAAAUUCUGGGCUGCAGACAAGCAUAGUUACUUUAAAAGGAAGACAGAUUUCUAAGCAGUGCUGCACUGUUGACCACAACAUCAAAAUAAUGGACCAGUUAACUUUAAUGAUCAAAGAAAGUAGUUUCCCUGAAGCUGAAACAAGACAGACAAUGAAGCGAAAAGCUGUCAUAAACACAAGUGGGCCAAAGGAAUUCAAAAGACUGCGAUCAUUCCACCUUAAUCAAAAACUAUUUCAAGACGACCAGGAAAACAGUGACCAAGAAUUAAAUGUUACAAGUAACAUCAAACCAACAGAAAACGUGACACACUGAUGGACACACACUGUCUUCAACUCCUUAAUCCUGUCCAGUGGCAAAGGUUUUGGUUUUUUUUAUUCUCACCCCAUCGCUGCUUUCACUUCAUUAAUACAUGGAAUAUUUGAGCAACACUUUGCAAUUAAAACAUCAUCAUUUUAAAUCAGCAUCAUUCUUACAACUUGGAAAAAAAGUUCAAAUUGUUCUUCCUCACUAAAUCUUUAUAUCGCUUACUCUCUUAAAGAGUGGGGCAGAAAGCAGCAGAAUCAAAUAACCUAUCUGAGUUUUUGUUUUCAAGAAGAACUAUAUUAAAAAUGCAAUGGUACUUUCUUUAAAUAACACACUGAUUGUGAAGUGAAGCACUGGCCCCAGAACCAAACAUUGCAGUGAAAAAGACCAAUCUUUAAGAAUUUCAUUCACAAUUAUCACUUCACACUGUGUUUUAAUACUUAGCAUUUCUACAACCUUACUACGUAUCUGAGCUAAAAUGUGUAAGUAGAAUUGCACUUCAGGUGAGUGAACCCCAGAGAUGCUAAUUCAAAGGAGGGAUACAGUAUCAGUAGGCAAAAUGGUUUAUCUUCUAUCCUGCAUCUGAAGCAACUGCAUUCUGAUACAAUUUCAGAAAAGACCCUAUCUAUACAAGUUGAAGCAAUCAGAUAUUUACUAUUAAGAGACACACCUCUCUCUUGAUAACACUAUACACAGAGCAAGAAUUACUAUUUGUUUUGUAC